AUCUUCCUCGCUAAUCAAAUUAAUGAUUGACUCUGGUGCCGACGUCAACGUAAUUGGGGGGCAUGAUUGGAAAUGGCUGAAACGGGAGUACAGCACGGGUCAGGCACUGCUCAAACUAAAUAAGUCUCCUACGGACAAAGUUUUGAAAGCUUAUGGCUCGUGUAACCCGAUGCCGAUAGAAUGUGCGUUCCAGGCGGAGAUUACUGUUCCGGGCACUACGAAACCAGCGGUGGUUGCGACAUUCUACGUUGUAUCUAACGGACGACGCUCAUUGCUCGGCCGGUCGACGGCUAGUGACCUGAAAUUGCUGCAAAUUAACGCUAACGUAGAUAACUGCGAAAUAUCAGAUGACGAUGGAACAUUCCCAAAGAUGCCAGGUGUCCGAGUAAAGUUCAGUGUGGACAAGACGGUGCCACCAAGCAGAAAUGCUUACUUUAAUGUCCCGGCCGCGUAUCGAGAUGGUGCACGCAGUCGAUUAUCAGAAAUGGAAUCCCGAGGCAUCAUUGAGAAAGUUCAAAGCGCACCGGAAUGGAUUAGCGGAAUGUCCGCCGUGCCAAAAGGCAAAAAUGACUUCCGGUUGGUGGUCAAUAUGAGAGGCCCAAACAAAGCGAUUAAGCGAGAGUACUACAGACUACCUUUGCUGGAGGAAAUGAAGGUUAAACUGUAUGGCGCGAAAUACUUCUCGAAGUUGGACUUGCGAAACGCUUACUACCAUCUCGAGCUGUGUGAGGAGUCACGGGACCUUACUACAUUUCUAACGGAGGAUGGGAUGUUUCGUUUCACGCGCCUCAUGUUCGGCGUGAAUUGCGCACCCGAAAUAUUCCAGAGAGAAAUGGUGCGGAUCCUGGCCAACGUGAAAAAUGUGAUCGUGUAUAUUGAUGAUAUACUGAUUUUUGCGAGAACAAUUGAAGAGCUACGUAGCACUGUGGCGCAAGUACUAAGCAUACUCAAAGCCAACAACCUCACCGUUAAUGAUUCGAAAUGUGAGUUCGACAAAAUACGUAUUCAAUUCCUAGGCCACGAGGUAGAUGAAAACGGCUUCCACGUCGAGAAAGCAAAGAUUGACAGCAUCUUGAAUUUCCGUUCUCCAGCUACGGUGUCAGAAUUGAAAAGCUUCCUAGGGCUAGCAUCGUUCAUUAGCCCCUAUAUUCAGGGAUUUGCAGACAUCAGUAGACCGUUAUGGGCCGUUGCAUCCAAGAACUCGUGGACGUGGACCUCACAACAGCAGAAAUCAUUUGACAUAAUCAAAGAGCGUAUUGCACAGUGCACAGUUUCGCUUGGAUUUUUCUCACAGGACGAGAGAACCAUUUUGUAUACCGAUGCUUCUCCUGUAGCCUUGGGGGCAGUCCUUAUUCAAGAAGGUAAAGAUCGGAAUGCCAGAAUUAUCAGUUUUGCCUCGAAAGCGCUGACUGAUACCGAGAAACGGUACCCACAGUACCAAAGAGAAGCGUUGAGUGCCGUCUGGGCCGUGGAACAUUUCGCCUAUUUCUUGUUGGGAAGACGGUUCACCCUGCGUACCGACGCGCAAGGUGUGGCGUUUAUACUUAAUCGAACCAGAGAGGACUCCAAGAGGGCACUCACCAGGGCGGAUGGCUGGGCACUCAGGCUAAGCCCAUACGAUUAUGAAAUCGAAUACGUUCGCGGCAUAGAGAACAUCGCCGAUCCCUCAUCUCGUCUGUACGUUGGAGACGACGACCCCUUCAAUGAAGAAUGCAGCCCUUGGGAGGUAGCAUCGCUUGAAGCCAACGCGAUUGAGUUUUUGACUGAAAAGGAGAUCAAGGAAGAGACCUCUCAAGACGCCAUGCUCCAACAGGUCAUACAAGCUUUAACAACGGGAGUGUGGCCCAAUAAUCUUCCUGUGUAUCGAGCCCUCGAACAAGACUUAUCGGUGCGAGAUGGACUCGUCAUUAAAACUGGAAGCGUCAUAAUCCCCGAACGGCUACGUACAAAGGCACUCGAGGCGGCCCAUUCAGGGCAUCCAUCCUCAUCGAAAAUGAAAACAAUACUACGACAACGUGUGUGGUGGCCAGGUAUGCCACGUGAUGCAGAAAAGUGGAGUGAGUCAUGUUCAACUUGUGCGAUUAACGGAAGACCAGAGAAAACGACACCAAUGCAACGCGUGUUUGCUCCCAAAGUCGUCUGGGAUACGAUUGCGUUGGACUUUAAUGGGCCAUACGCCAGGUUUGGUGGUAUAUCCAUUCUAGUCGUCGUCGACUAUCGGUCGCGCUACCUCAUGGCUAAGCCCGUGAAAAGUACAUCAUUUGAGCAUACUAAGGCGGCACUUGAGAGCAUCUUUGAAAAGGAAGGUUUUCCCAGAGUAAUCAAGACCGACAAUGGUCCCCCCUUCAACGGGGAGGACUACAAACGUUAUUGCACAGAACGUGGCAUAGAAUUGACCUACUCCACCCCUCUAUUCCCUCAACAGAAUGGCCUGGCUGAGGGAUACAUGAAGAUCAUAAAUAAGGCCAUGAGCUCUGCGGUUUGUAAUAGUACAAAUUUUGUCGACGAAGUACGCGCUGCAGUCCAAGCUCAUAAUGCUGCCGUGCAUCGUGUAACUAAAAUUGCACCAGAAGAGGUCAUGAGUGGGCGGAAAAUUAAACGAGGCUUACCGCUUGUCAACCGCGAAAAGGUUGAAAUCGAUGAGGACCUUUUGGACAAACUUGACCGCGACGAAAAGUUAUCAGGAAAGCGACGCGAGGAUUCCCGAAGAGGCGCUCGGCCAUGUCGCGUGAAACCUGGUGACUCAGUUGUCAUCGAGCGAACGAAUCGUGCCAAAGGAGAUUCACGAUUCUGUCCUAAGCAGUAUGUCGUAUCAGGAGAACGGAACGGAAACUUGACACUUGUAGGAAACGAUGGCCACACUCUUAAAAGGCACGUAUCUCAAACCAAAAAAGUAAGCCUGUGGCGCGAUACGAGCAAGCCGACAUCUGUAGGAGAUCCACAACCGGAGGAGGCGAUGCUACCAAGAUCAUCCAGAAAUAAAAAGACCCCUUCAUACUUGAAGGAUUACGUACAAGUCAUUGAGGACAACUAGUGGUUUUCUGUUUUUUUUCACAAGUAUAUGUUCACCAUCAAACUUGAAUUCGCAAUAAAUACAUUUCAAUCAGUUUUGUUUAAAGAUAGUCUAAAACACCUUAGUUUUUUUUUCAACUGUUUCUUUUUUAUUGGGAAGAAGAGAGAUGUGGGUGGUACAAUACCUUAUUAUCAAUGAACUUGGACUGAACCAAUAAGGAAAGGCCCUUUGGAGAUACCAAUCGGUAUGUGUGUAGACCUCAACGGAGACUUUCGCAGCGGCAUGGCAUGUGGACAGCCUCAGACCUGACUCGUCCUCUUUCCACGGUCAACCACACCGCAGACAGCACACAUUCCAAGGUUUGUCCCACUCAUCCCGAAUAUCUACGGUCCGUGCCAAAGGGGGCCCUA